AAGCUAUGCUCAUAAAAAGUGAAUAGUAGUAUAACUUUGAAUCGAGUUCCUAGGUAAGUUGGUGAUUGCAAUCCUCUGCAGUAUGUCAUCCUCCAGUUAUGUAUUUUUUCACUAGCUAAAGUCGAAGGUAUAAAGGCCGCGGCAAAGAGCCAUCAUUUACGUCCGCGCGCGAACACACACACAGUGAAAAAUGGCGUCGAAACGCGAGUUGCCGUUGUGCGACGAGCCACUGCUGAAGAAGGCGAGAAUUGCUGAAUCGGAGCCCUCCCCAUCAGCUGUCGAUUCCAACGUGCGAGUCGUUCUUAAUCCUGCUGAUUGCGACAUAGAUUUUAAUGUUGAAAUAGAUGGCCUACAAGGUUCAGCGCUAUAUGAGGACGGAUUUGCUUAUUGCUGGUCUGGUGCACGGGCAAAUAUAGGAAUCACCAGAGGAAAAUACUGCUUUGGCUGCAAAAUUGUAUCAGCUCAACCAGUGGAUAUGGAGGAUACUCCUUUAGAUAUGCAACAUGUUUGUCGUCUUGGUGCAUCUAGAGGAGAUGUUGCAUUGCGGGAUCUUGGAGAGGCUUCAAACAGUUUUGGGUAUGGAGGUACUGGGAAAUUCUCUAGUUUGGGAAAGUUUCUGGACUACGGUGAAAAAUUUGGAGUUGGUGACACCAUAGUUUGCAUGGUUGACCUUGAAAGUAGACCCAUGGCUACAAUUGGCUUCUCCAAAAACGGGAAAUGGUUGGGUGUGGCCAAACAGUUUGAUGCAGGACCAAGAGGCCUAGGGGUGGUUGAUUCUUCAGUCAAAGAUCUGCAAUGGGAAUCAGCCAUUUUCCCACACAUUUUACUAAAAAAUGUAGUAGUCCGGUUACAAUUUAGCAUGGAUGAUGGUUAAUUCCAGUAGAAGGCUAUAAACCUUGGGCUGCUGCCAUUUUGGAUGGUAAGAGCAUAAUGGGACCUGCCUUUGCUGAUGAAAGUGAAUGCGAAGUGAUAAUGAUGGUGGGUUUACCAGCUUCUGGAAAAAGUACAUGGGCUGAGAAGUGGGUGAAUGAACAUCCUGAAAAGCGGUAUAUUCUUCUUGGGACAAAUUUAGCUUUGGAACAAAUGAAGGUGCCUGGCUUGUUGCGCAAGCAUAACUACAGUGAACGGUUUGACCGCUUGAUGGAUCGUGCCACCAAGAUUUUUAAUGCCCUUCUGUCAAGGGCUUCCACAAUACGUCGUAAUUUCGUUAUUGAUCAGACUAACGUGUAUAAGAGUGCUCGUAGACGUAAGCUGAAGCCUUUUGCAUAUUAUAUAAAGAUUGCUGCCGUGGUUUUUCCAACAGCAGAAGAGCUCAAAUCCCGUGCUGAGAAGAGACUCAAAGAAAUGGGGAAGGAAGUGCCUGCUGAAGCAGUCAAUCAAAUGUUAGCCAAUUUUACAUUGCCCAUGAGUAAGGAUAUGCCUGGGGCAGAUGAGUAUUUUGAUCAGGUUUGGUUUGUGGAACUUAAUAGAGCAGAAGCACAGAGAUCCUUGGACGAGAUGAAAAGAGAAGCCAGCGUACUCAUGUCCUACAACAGCUCUUCUUUGCAACAUCGCGAGAAUGCCCCAGAUCAGUCUUAUAUUGGCACAUCAUUUCAAAACCAAGGGAAAUACGUUUCUUAUGGGACCUCAGUUUCUACACCCGCCUAUGGAAAUUAUCCUAGUGAGAUGCAACAUGGUGGAUUUCACCCCCAGCCGUCUGCUCUGAGGCCACCUUAUGCAAAUUUACCUGUGGAUGCAUGUCCUCCCUAUGGAAUUAUUCCUGACUAUUUGCAGAUUGGAGAUUUUCGACAGCCUCCUCCUGUGAGGCCUUCUGCGAAUUUAGUGAUGGAUGUGCAUCCUCCUUACAGAAGCUUUUCUCAUCACGCGCAGAAUGUGCCAAUGUAUGGACAGCCUUCUCACCACGCGCAGAAUGUGCCAAUGUAUGGACAGCCUUCUCAUCACUCACAGAAUGUUGGAAGGUAUGCACAGCCUUCUCCUCUAAGGCCGCCGCCGCCUCAUGUUAUGGAUGUACGACAUCCUGGACUUUAUCCUUAUCCUCCACGGGGCUAUUGAUUUCCAUGCCAUCUGAAUCAGUAUAGUUGUGAAUAGGUUGCUCAAUUAGAUAUCUGUGAAUAUAACCAUGGAUAUAGAAGGAUAAUUCAAGCUGAAAAUUGACAUAUUCUGUCCAGUUGAGAUGUUUUCGUCUUUAAACCUUUCUCUGUUGUAUAUAUGGAUUUUGGCAGUAGCUGCGGAUUAGGUGGAUUAAGAAUUAGGAUAUGUAUAAGAGUAUUUUUACUCAGUUGUUUCCAUGUGAUUCUUUUAUUCCCUAAGAUUUGACGGUUCCUUCUAUUGUUUGAUAAUUUGUUAUUGGAAAUCUUAAUAAUAGCUUUGAUUUUCUUGAGGCA